AAGAGAUGGCAGCACUGGCCUGCCCAGCUUUAAUAACAAUCACAUCUGAGGUGAAUAGGCAUGUGUAUUUAAAUGGAGCCUCCAACUACUUUAGCGCGGACUCGGCAGCAGAUGGUGGACACGGCCCGAGGUUUCGGCGGGGAGAGCGAAGGGAUGCGCCCAGCGCGCAGCGCCCGCCUGUAGCUCCGCGCCCGCUCCGCUCCCCCCAUGAGCCGCCCCGCGUCCCUGCUGCCGGCCGCCCGCUGCCGCAGCGCCCCGGCCAAGCGCCUGCAGCCCCUGCACGACGGCCCCGCCGAGGAAGCGCCGGCCGCCAAGUGCCCUCGGCUCGCCGAAUGCGGCCCCCCGGACUGCCUGAGCGCUCCCGGCUCGCCGUGUGCCCCCGCUUCUCCCGCCGGCGGCGGCGGCGCGGCGGGUCCCAGCCUGAUCGCCUCGUACCUGCUGCUGCCGCUGGCCGAGCGGGAGCAGGUGUCCCGGGCGCUGAGCGUCAGCUCGGGCCGGGAGCUGCGCUGCAAGGUGUUCCCCCUCAAACACUACCAGGACAAGAUCCGACCUUACAUUCAGCUGCCGUCACACAGAAACAUCACUGGGGUUGUGGAAGUCAUUCUCGGGGACACCAAGGCCUAUGUGUUCUUUGAAAAGGACUUUGGGGACAUGCACUCCUACGUGAGGAGCUGCAAGAGGCUGAGGGAAGAGGAGGCUGCCCGGCUGUUCAAGCAGAUUGUCUCCGCUGUAGCUCACUGCCACCAGUCAGCCAUCGUACUUGGUGACCUCAAGCUCAGGAAAUUUGUCUUCUCUAAUGAAGAAAGGACUCAGCUGCGUCUGGAGAGCCUGGAAGACACACACAUCAUCAAGGGUGAAGACGAUGCACUCUCAGACAAGCACGGCUGCCCGGCAUACGUCAGCCCUGAGAUCCUAAACACGACGGGGACUUACUCUGGAAAAUCGGCCGAUGUGUGGAGUUUGGGAGUGAUGCUUUAUACCCUGCUGGUGGGACGCUAUCCCUUCCAUGACUCGGACCCUAGCACUCUGUUUUCCAAAAUCCGGCGUGGACAGUUCUGUAUUCCUGACCACGUCUCCCCCAAAGCCCGCUGCCUCAUCCGCAGCCUCCUGCGGCGGGAGCCUUCCGAAAGACUCACUGCUCCAGAGAUCUUGCUUCACCCUUGGUUUGAGGCAGUCAUGGAGCCUGGAUAUACAGACCAGGAGACGGGAGCUUCAGAUCAGAUUGUCCCAGAAUAUCAUGGAGACAGUGAUGAUAUCAGUUCCUUCUUCUGCUAACCCCGAAAUCUCAAAAACCUCGUCGGUUCUUACCUCCGGCAUCUUUGUAGGGUUUCAUUUUCCCAGUUCUGCAAACUCAACUGCAUCUUAAAGUGCCAGUAUGGUCAGAAAAGUGACCUUGUCUAAAUGAAUGCCACCCUGGAGGUCUCCACUCCCUAAGUGUACUCAGAGUUCCAUCCUCUUGCUCUGCUGGUUGGUCCCACCAGCCCCGGAGGACUUGUGCAGCCUUGUGAGAACUGUCUGGCUCUUCUGCCUCCCGCAUCCUCCUCCGCUGUAACUGGUCACGUCUUGGCUGCAGAGUCUUACGUCUGGCAAGGUGUGGGAUGGAAAGGCAACUCCUUCUGCUUUCCUGCAGCGGCUGCAGAGGUGUGGAGCCCUGGCCAGGAUGUGCAGGGGCAGAGGGGCACAUGGCGCACCUCUGCCUGAACAAAUGUGACAGAAAUGGUUAAAAGGGGAAUCGCCUUGGCGUGCCCCAGCAGCCAGCUCGCCAAGCAGCUCUCUGACUGUAAGCACCCGUUAAUGAGGGAAGGAGGUCUUCACCCACCACGGCCAGCUCUCUGCUUGUGCUGCUCCUCCAGCUGAUCCUGCUUUCAGAGGCGUGAAGCUCCUAGAUCCACCCAUAAGACAAAUCACUGCUGUGGCUCUUUCUGAAGCAGAAACCAGUGGAUCUCCCAGCUGGAUCCCUUCUGAUUCCAUUUGCUGUCCAGGAAAGCAUUUUAAAUAGACUUAAGCCUCGUGUUACCACAGUGUAGCCUAUAUAACUUAAUGCCCUCAGCGAGCUUGUCAAGUAGCAGGUCUCGUUAACUCCCGAGUGCCAAAACGUAUCCGUUUACCAAACCGUAACACUAUCGGCUGGGGCACCUUCCCCUGGAAAGGAUAAGGGGUGUCUUGUACAGUACCUGUAAACAUGGCCAUGUUUUUCAACCGGCUUAACUCUUGAAAAUAACACAUCACCUCCUCUUUCCCCCUCCACCCCCACAAAAAGUUAGUCUUAAGAGCAAAAUCUCUGUACACCCUUAGUUGAUUAUUCAGGUAUGCUGUUUGCCUCCAGCUUCCCCCGCCUUUUUUUUUUUUUAAUUUUUAAAAUUUUGUUUUGUUUUUAUUUUGCAUGAUUAUUCAUAGUCUUUCCAAUAUGUGUGAAUAAUGAAUAUAUCUGAAUCAUUAGCUUCCUGGGUUGGGGGUAAGUAAACCUUAGUCCUGCCUAAGAUUUCUGCUUAGUUUCACAUGUGUCCAGUGGUUUAUGCAGAGAUGUCCAUUCACCUUAGGCAAGAGUGUGGCUUCUAAAAUGGCCGUGAGGUGGGUGAUGCACAUUCCCAACACCACCCAGUUCGAGUGAAGUCAUUUUAAGGGUUAACCCUGGCAAGCUGCAGUCCCACCACCCGUUGCAAGAAUACCAUGUAUACCUCAUGGACUGUGUACUUUGUACAUACCUUACUGUUUGGGGUUUUGUUUUCUUGUUUUGUUGUACUUUGUCUUAAUAAGAGGUGUCGAAGAGCAGUUCAAUGUGAAUUAUUGUUGGCAAUACUAACUUGACAGAAUCAUGAGCAUUAAGAGCAGAGCGCUCCAGCUCUCCGUUGCACUAAACCUCUCAUGAUUGCUUGACAUUUGUAUCUGUGAUACAGUUUAACCCUUCUAUGAAAAACAGUACAUUUGUAUAUAUUGGUAGAAAAUUCUGCCAGAAAAGCUAAAAACACUAUGUCCAAUUUGUACAUAUGUAUAUGUCUGUGGAAACCUGGAUGAUAAAGUCUGACUUGUAGAAAGUUUUAAUAAACUUGGUUUCAUAAUGUUUGUCCCCAA